CGCGAGGUGCGCAAGAUCUUCCCGCCGAAGCGGCUCGGCCAGCGGGCCAUCGAGGCCGUGCAGAACGUCACGUUCGGCGUCCGCAGCGGCGAGGUCUUCGGGCUGCUCGGCGCCAACGGCGCGGGCAAGACGACGACGAUGGCCGUGGUGACGCGCGCGCUCGAGCCGACGUCGGGCGACGCGGCCAUCGGCGGCCGCAGCGUGCUCGACGACUUCGGGGCGGCGUCGAAGCGGCUGGGCCUCGUGAACCAGCACAACACGCUCUGGGACGCGCUGAGCUGCCGGGACCACCUGCGCCUCUUCGCGGGGCUCCGGGGCUCGGGCGCCGCCGGCGCCGGCGUCGUCGACGCGACGCUGGACCGCGUCGAGUUGCUGGCGCACGGCGACAAGCCCGCGGGCCGGCUCUCGGGCGGCAUGAAGCGCAAGCUCUGCUGCGCCGCGGCGCUCGUCGGCGACCCGCGCAUCGUGCUCCUCGACGAGCCGUCGGCGGGGCUCGACCCCGUGAGCCAGCGGAAUUUGUGGAACCUCAUCAAGUCGACGAUGGCGGGCCGCGCCGUCGUGCUCACGACGCACUCGAUGGUCGAGGCCGACGUGCUCUGCGACCGCAUCGCCAUCCAGGUCGCGGGCCAGCUCCACUGCCUGGGCACGCCGGCGCACCUCAAGGCCAAGUACGCCUCGGGCUACGAGCUCGUCGUCAAGGUC